AUGGCACCUGCAAAGAAGACAGUCCUGAUUACAGGCUGCACCCCUGGAGGCAUUGGGCACGCUCUGGCUCUGGAAUUUCACAGAAGAGGUUGCCAUGUCAUCGCCACUGCUCGUCGCCUUGAGGUCAUCAAGGGGCUUGAGGCACAGGGUCUGAGCAUUCUGGCGCUCGACGUCACCAGCAAGGAAAGCGUUGCUUCGUGCAAGGCCGCAGUGACUAAACUCACUGGUGGCCAGCUCGAUAUUUUAGUCAACAAUGCCGGGCGCCCCCAUGUAAUCCCUGCGUUGGAUGUUGACCUUGACGAUGCACGAGCAACCUACGAGACCAAUGUCUUUGGUCCGAUGCGUAUGAUACAGUCAUUCAUCGACCUCCUCAUUCCCGCCCGCGGACUCAUCGUCAAUAUCUCGUCCGCCUCUUCCGAGAUACCUUACCUGUUUAGUUCCGUAUACUCGGCGACCAAAGCCGCGCUCGCGCAAUACUCGCGUGUGCUUCGCAUGGAAUUGAAACCAUUCAAUGUCCGCGUCAUGACCUGCAUGGCUGGCACUGUUCGCUCCAACUUUGCCAGCGGACCCGGGCGCACGCUGCCCAGCAACUCACUAUAUCAGCCCGUGGUAGACUUUUACGAGAGAAGGCUUACUUUCAGCCAAACGACCAGCACGAUGCCGCACGACGUGUUUGCCAAGAAGCUGGUUUCGCAGGCUCUCCUGGGUGAGGGUUGGUUGGGAGGUUGGGUCGGGAGAAGCCCGGACUACAUUUGGGCCGGCGGCAUGUCGACUGUUGUCUUCCUGGGAACAUUAUUACCCAGGUGGAUGUCUGAAGGCCUCACUGCCGGCUAUUUUCAGAUGCGGCGCAUGGGCGACAAAAUCAAGGCGGCCCGGCAAAAGACUGAUUAG